AUGGCCUUUCACUGGGAUAAGCUCUCACCGGCGGAAUUUCAACAGCUCCAGGACUUGGCAGCUUAUUCCACGCGAAAGCUACAGGAUGUCCUCGCCGAAUUCUGCGGAUCAAACACAACGCCCAGCGGUGCGCCGAAAUAUCAUCCAGAUGGAGACAUCGAUUACGAGGGAUUUCGUAAAUUUCUGGACACCUAUCUCGAGGUGGCGGCACCUGAUGAACUUUGCAGGCACCUUUUUCUCUCGUUCGUCAAGAAGGUGCCGCGCGGAGUCGAUGGGAAAGCUUUUAAGGAAAUGGCCGUGAUAUCGUCGACAACCGCCUGUGCAGCGAUUACAUCUCACACAACGUCUAGCAGCAACGUGAAUAGCACAGGUUUACCAGGUGGAACGUCGACAGAGGGGCAUGGUUCUUCCUUGGCGGACAAAAUUCACGGUCUGACAGAGAAGCUCCAAGCUUUGGGACACCAUAGAACGGAGAGCGAAGCCUCGAGCAAAGCACGAACUGGAAGCGUCCAUCCUAUAUUGACGAUACAGCACACCUCGUACAGCUGCCACGACGUGAUCGAGAAGAAGAGCACAGACAGCAGCCCCAGUCACAGCCAAAUGUCGCGGAACUCGUCCAGGAAGUCGAACAAUUCGCUGCUCGUCAACAACGGGAAAUUGGAAGAGAUGAGGCACCUAGUCAGAAAGCAGAGCACGAUAGACGUUCACUCGGUUAAAGUCAGCCUCAAGGAUAUCGUGUGCUAUCUUUCCCUCCUGGAGGCUGGCAGGCCAGAAGAUAAAUUGGAGUUCAUGUUCCGGCUCUACGACACAGAUGGAAACGGCGUUCUUGAUACCAACGAGAUGGACUGCAUUGUCAAUCAGAUGAUGAACGUCGCGGAGUAUCUCGGAUGGGACGUCACAGAAUUGAAACCGAUACUGCAAGACAUGAUGAUAGAAAUAGACUACGACGCGGAUGGUACGGUGUCUCUGGAAGAGUGGAAAAGGGGUGGUUUGACGACGAUACCGUUGCUGGUUCUUCUGGGCCUGGAUUCUCACGUGAAAGAGGACGGCAACCAUCUCUGGAGGCUAAAACACUUUAGCAAGCCCGCCUACUGCAAUCUCUGUUUGAAUAUGCUAGUUGGUCUCGGCAAGAAGGGUCUUUGUUGUGUUUUCUGCAAGUACACGGUACACGAGAGAUGCGUUCAAAGAGCUCCAGCCUCUUGCAUAGCAACCUAUGUGAAGAGCAAGAAGACCUCGCAAACGAUGGCUCACCAUUGGGUGGAGGGUAAUUGUCAUGGAAAAUGUUCCAAGUGUAGAAAGACCAUCAAGAGUUACAACGGUAUCACCGGCUUACACUGCAGAUGGUGUCAACUGACUCUGCACAACAGAUGCGUCUCCCAAGUGAGAACAGAGUGCACGCUAGGCGAUUACGCUAUUCACAUCCUUCCACCGACGGCGAUUUGUCCGGUCGUUUUGGACAGGCAGAGAUCGUUGUCGAGGGAUAGCAAAAGGGACAGCAAGAGUAAACAGGGGCAGGAGUCGUCGACGGUGAGCACUAGCGGAUUUCUAACGUCUGGUACCGCUACCAAUCAACAGCCGGCCAUGUCCUUUCAAAUAACACUGCCGCCCGAUUGUAUGCCGCUGCUGGUCUUCAUAAAUCCGAAAUCCGGCGGGAGGCAAGGUGAACGGAUGUUGAGGAAGUUCCAAUACAUCUUGAACCCGCGCCAAGUUCAUAAUCUGGCCGUGGGCGGACCUAUGCAGGGUUUGCAGAUGUUCAAGGACGUGGAGAACUUUAAGGUGAUCUGUUGCGGUGGCGACGGUACCGUUGGUUGGGUCCUGGAAACUAUGGAUCGUGUUCAGUUCGAACAUCAACCUGCUGUCGGUGUGAUACCAUUGGGUACGGGUAACGAUCUUGCAAGAUGUUUGCGAUGGGGUGGUGGUUACGAGGGAGAAGCUAUUCACAAAGUUCUUAAAAAAAUAGAAAAAGCAACGCCCGUGAUGAUGGAUCGCUGGCAGAUAGAAGUGUUGGACCAGAAGGACGAGAAGAAACCGAAUCAAGAUAGUAUACCGUACAAUAUAAUUAAUAAUUACUUCUCUGUGGGCGUGGAUGCAGCGAUCUGUGUGAAGUUUCAUAUGGAGAGAGAGAAGAAUCCUGAGAAGUUUAAUAGUAGAAUGAAGAACAAGCUUUGGUACUUCGAGUACGCGACCACCGAGCAAUUUGCUGCCAGCUGUAAGAAUCUUCACGAGGAUCUCGAGAUCAUUUGUGAUGGUACUCCGUUGGAUCUAGCUCACGGCCCUUCUCUCCAAGGAGUCGCAUUAUUGAACAUUCCUUUCACUCACGGAGGCUCGAAUCUCUGGGGUGAACACCACGCAAGACAUCGUCUUGGAAAACGGAAGAAACGACCGGACAAAGAACUUAGCACAAGUAGCUUUAAUUCUGUAGAUCUCACAGCUGCGAUACAAGAUAUUGGAGACAAUCUCAUAGAGGUGAUCGGUUUAGAGAAUUGUUUACAUAUGGGUCAAGUGAAAACAGGACUUCGUCAUUCUGGGAGGAGAUUGGCUCAGUGUAGCAGCGUCACCAUUACCACCAGCAAGCGUUUUCCUAUGCAAAUCGACGGUGAACCGUGGAUGCAGGGUCCAUGCACUAUUCACAUAACGCAUAAAAAUCAAGUACCGAUGUUGAUGGCACCUCCACCAGAGAAGGGUCGAGGCUUUUUUCGUUUCUUAAAGAGGUGA